GAGACAUACAUAUCUCUUCCUCAAUAAAAGUUAGCGCACCCUGCUGUAUUGCUACCCUAAUCUUUUUCCUUCCUUCGAGGUUAUGAUAUGUCAAACCUCCAUCGACGUGUUACCGGUACACCAUCUCCAUCGUUCAAUAUGGAAGACAGCGGCAGCCAGGAGCCGCUGCUAGGUCGGGAUUUAAGUAAUGGCGAAGAUGACACGAUAGUUACUAUCGAUCCGAGAGAAGAUGAUGAGGCACCGGAUGCCCCGGUGCAAAAUGGUAUCAGACAGGCCGAUGCCAUCAAUCAGGUUUGGUCGAGAGCUGCGCUCAUUCUAGCAUACUGCUUGUAAGUCGUAACCACAACACAGAAAACGAGCGAUAUAUAG